AUGGGAAAUAAACAUAAUAAAAAAAAGUAUGAAUUAUGUGAAAUUCAAUACGAAGAAAAAGAUUUCCAAUUAAAAUAUCCUUGGAACGAAAUUAUAAAAUGGGGGAGUGACGAUUUAAAUGUUGAUAUAAAUAUAAAGAUAGUAAAAAAAGUAAUUGAAGAAAUCAAAGAUAUAACAUUAGAUGAAGAAAGUUUUUUUAAUAUUACAGAAGGGAAGGAUAUUCAAUCAUUUCAUUUUGAAGAUAAGUAUGUUCUAUGGGCAACAACGUUAUUAAAAGAUAUACCGAAUUUAAAAAAAAUCAGAUAUAAUAUUGUUCCGAAAUAUAUUAACGAAAAUGAAUUCUGGUUAAGAUAUUUUUCAUCUAUAAAAAUGAUAAUAAUAAAAAAUUUCUUUGACACUAUGCAGAAUUAA